GCAUGGCCGCAGCAGCAGCCCGCUGACUCGGUGUGGUUCCUCCACAUUGACAACACCGCGUCCUGUGCGCUCUCGGGUCGGAGUUGGAGCCGCUCGUCCGGACUGAUUUCCCCCCGGUGACGGUGCGUUUUACGCGCGGCGGAGAAGGUUCCAUUCACCCGCGCGUCCUGUUGUUGUUCCGCGGGGCAGGAGCGGGUUCAACCGGAGCCGCUGCUGCGGGGUUGAGCUCCUUCUUUUCGGCGUCUUAGUGGCAGAGAUCCCGGGUUGGAGACGGAGGUGGCGCCGGGACUGUGUCUUCGCUCCUGUUGCCUUUUUUUUAAUCUUGGAACAUUUAACCUCUGUUUUGUUUUUUUAUAUUUUUUACUUCUGCGUAAACGCGUCGCUUUCUCUCCGGGAAACUGUGCGAGUUGGAGAAAGUGUUCGCUGCGCGGAGUUGAUCUGGGGGAAGGACGAACUGCCACGGUCCCUGUGGAUGUCCCCCCGGUUCCCGAGAACUGAUUUAUUCCUCCAAGUGAAGGGAGACGACCUGAAUGAACAAGUUUCCACAGGGAGAUUUAAAAAAUAAGAUUUGUGUUUGGUUAUAAAACACCCGAGGAAGGAGCUACACCUGUGCGGGUACGAGUGGACUCUCAUCCCCGCGUUUCACCGCCACAUCCCCCAGAACCGUUCAACCAGAACCAGGAGGGACUGUAGUCGACCAUCGGGACUUCCAGUGCAACUAUGCCGCAGUUGGACAUGCUCCUCUUCGUCCUCCUCCUCCUCAUCGGGGUGUGUGUGCACGGCCAGGACCCGGCUUCCAAGGUGGUGUCCGACCGCUACGCCGUCAACUGGAACCGGACCAACCCCAAGUUUUACCGGGGCGACUACCACAUCGACGUCUGCAUCAACGACUACCUUGACGUCUACUGUCCGCACUACAUCGGCCCGGUGGCGGACGAGCGGGCCGAGCGCUACAUCCUCUACAUGGUGAACUACGACGGCUACAGCUCCUGCGACCACACCGCCAAGGGCUUCAAGCGCUGGGAGUGCAACCGGCCUCUGUCGCCGAACGGGCCGCUCAAGUUCUCCGAGAAGUUUCAGCUCUUCACCCCCUUCUCCUUGGGCUUUGAAUUCCGCCCCGGCAGAGAGUACUACUAUAUCUCCUCCAUCACCGACGACAAGGGGAGGAGGAGCUGCCUUCGACUCAAAGUCUUCGUCAGGCCUCAGAACAAUUGUGUGAAAAACUCCGGGAGCGUUCAGGAAGGGGUCGACUUCGACGACAACAACCAGAACUCACUAGAACCCAGAGACGGAAUCAGCCACGAGUCGCCGGAGCCGGCCCGGAGGAACGUCAACUCCGCUGGUCGACGCCACACCUCUGUCCUCCUUCUCAGCUCCGCCCUCAUACUCCUGGCUGCCAUCUUGUCUUUAUAGCACCUGGUCUGAGGAAUCGCCAUCCCCACCCCCCACCCCGCCCCUCUCCAGGAAUGGACUGUCCUGAUUGGACCACAGGCCGCCCUACCCUCCAACCCCUCUCCCCUGAAGGAGCACUUUUCAAAACAAAACAAAAAAAGAAAUUAAAAAUAAAAAGAAACACUGACGGUCUCUCUCGGAGGAAACGAGAGACGACGGGACUUCGACGCCGAAGCCGUUGUUGUUUUUUUGACUUUUUGGAAAAUGCCAACUAGUUCGAUUCCUGACUUUGCGGCUCCCGGGUGCGAAGGUGGUCGCACCGGAGCUGAAAGAGUCUCUGACCUGUUCGCCUUGCUGCUGUUCACAGUUUGCAGAUAUUACACAUGUAUCUGUGUCCAAGAGAAGCACACGUACACGCUUUUAAACAAACACACACACACACACAUUAAAACACAAUCAGUUCCCAGUUCACAGCAGGAUCAAGAGUUUACAGACGUUUGACAUUUUUGUUUUCAGAAACACCCCCCGCCCAACAUGUAACAUGAUUAAAUCUCACGUCAAAGCAGAGAGAAGGUUUUAAAGAAGAGGAAACACAAUGAGGAUGCUGUUGCUAGGAGACUGUUGCCAAGGCGUUUGAUGACUUAACCUUCCUCUCAGGUUAAAGAGGAGUGGAGGAGCCUCGUCGAGAGUUAAAAAAAAAAGAAUUAAAAAGAAGUUUAAAGAAGCACUCAUCUCUUAGUGGUUGUUUAGGGGCGAUUUAAUGACGGAUUAAUGUAUUUGUUUGUUUUUUCUUUUUUUGAUAAGUCACGUAAUUCAAGUGUAGCAGCCAACACGGGUGUACAGUAAACUAUUUGAACAGAGUGUAGAAGUGGAUUUGGGUAUUUUGCCAGGCGAAAUGUAUUUUCCUAUUUAUUGUGAAGUCCUCGUGCUUUUUUCUGUUUCUGGUUCUAGUCCGUACGUACAAAGUAGAAAGGCAAUAAAAAAAAAAACCACCUAAUCCAUUACAGUUAGUUCACGUUACACAACGUUCAUUUGAUACAAUCACACGGAAACAGUUUGUGUAUCUGCUCCCAUCGAUUGCUGACGAUGGAUUUUAAUUGUUUUUUAUUUUUAUUUUUUAACAAAGUCCAGGAAGAAAAAAAGAGCCGUCUGAUGUGCAUCAGGGUGUAGAAGUUGGUAGAAUACUUGUGUUUUUGUCAUUAAUGAAUGUCACAAAUGUUGUUUUUACUAUUACACUAUUGCUUUUGUGAAUCACUGUCAUAACACAACUGUUGUAUAUAGAGGCAAAUUUCCUACAAAGUUCAGGGAUGUGUCCGUGAUUAACAUGAGGUUUUAAAAGAUGAUUUUAGUCUUUUGUUUUUUUGAACGGAGGGGGUUUCUCCUCCUCCUCCGGUGGAGCAGCACAAGUCUCCUGUAGCUGAAGAUGAGCGGGUUGCAGAGCAGGUGGCGGCGGCGGCGGCGGCGGCGUGUGCGUGUGGGGUUGCGUUCUUUGAUGUCAUGUAAAGUGGCGUCUGUACAGAAGAUACACCAGGGGCAACCUCGCAGCCGGUUAUUUCUGGGAUGAAAAAUCGCCCAGCGGGGGAGAGAUGGGCCAGACAGAGCGAGGUGUCCGGUUCUCCCCCCUGGACGGAGUGAAACCGAGACCCGGGACUGGGGGAGAGGAGGAGAAGCGUGGAGCUGCGUGUUGCUCCUGCUCCGAUCGAUACUCAUCUUCUCCUUCUUCUUCUUCUUCGAGUUUUUCUUUGUUUAAAGACCAGAUGCAGCACUGUUACCUUCACACGCACUCACUGCCAAACACACAACCUGCUCGUCUGCAACACAACACAACACACGCAGCUCCCGCUCAUGUCACUGUGCGAAGCAGUUUAGGGCCACUUCUGUGAGGAAAGAUCUGAGACUGAGAUUAAAUCGUCAUUUUGAUAUAAAGAGUCUUUUAUUAAAGUCAUGUCAGUAGAAUAAAGUUGAGUUUUACCAUAAAAAAGAAACAAUAUGAGGAGAACAAAGAAUAUUAAGGUGUUAUUAUAGAGAAAAAAGGAAAAAUAAUAAUUUUAGAAGAAGUCAUACAUUUAAAACAAAGAUGAAAAUAAUAUAUGAAUAAAGAUGUAAAAUCUAUUUAACAAAUAUUCAUUAUUAUAAGACUAAAAAUUAUUUCCUAGACGUGUAUUUCUCUCGUCAGUGGCCCAAAAACUAGCGAAACUUCUCGGUGUCAGCGAGAUCGAACCUGAACCCUGAUGAUGUCACUGUGAUGUCAUCAGGGUCAGACGUUAAAAACAAUGUCAACGAGUUUAAAAUAAAAAUCCCAAAUAGUCACAGAAAUCUCUGAUAUUACUGCGUCUCAAUAACCUUGUAUUAUUUCUUAUAUUCACUCCAGAUUUAAAAAAAAUAAUCUCAUAUCUCAAAUGUGAAAUCAUUUUAAAAACAGUAAAUCUCAGCUGAAAGAGGAAAUAACUUCCGGUGAUGACGUUAAAUUUAUGAUUAUUAAAUGAAGCAUGUUGAGGGUAUGAAGUUUAUGUGUUUUCAGCAUGUUGAUUAUUCAGGGAAUGAUUUUUAAUUUGAGGGACAAAAAUGUUAAAAACUAUUUUCCUCCUGACACCUUUCCGCCUGCGUACAUUUCACAAUAAAAGUCCACUGUCACUGGAGUCCUUCGCCACAACGUCAAAACCCCGAUCAGUUUGUUUUCGUGGAUACUGUGUAUCCAGCAGUUAGCCUGUUGUAACAUAUACGAUUUUAGAUACUUCCCCCUUUUUCACACCUCUUUUCAAGGAACGAUUUAACUGACACAUUAAUGUUCUUAGCGAGAAAAAAAAAGUCAACGUUUGAUAUAAUAAAUGCUUUAAUUCAUUUUAUAUGUCUUUUAUAUGAAAUAGAAAGAAAAAAAAUGCAGGAUUGUAACGGCGCCCCCUGUGGGCACGUGUGUCAGUGCGAGCGUGGCGCAUAUCAAACAUUCAGCGUGGUCGGGCGGCGAUCACGGAUCGAAGAGAAGAAAGAACGGAGAAUCUCCUUUAUUUAAAAAAAGAAAAAGAAUCUGCUUUUGUUCAUCUUUGCCGUCGUCUUCGAGGUGCACGCACGUGACGGCCUCUCGCUUAUUUCUCGUCCGGCCGUGAAAACGCUCGAUGUGUUUGUCUGUGGAUGAAAGAAAAACGUGUUUUCCGCAUCAGAUAUCAACGUUUUUUUGGAACAUGUGCUAGAAGGAGGACGACUCUUCACAUGGUUCGAGUUCCACGUAGCCGGAAGCUUCUCUCCAUCCCGAGAAGGGACGUGUGCUUUUGUCAGCGUUGGGAAACUUUAGUUGUUUUAGCCACGUGAUGUUUUCGCAGCCUAACGACACCUGGACGUGCCGCAGCGCCGCACAUUUCUGUUUGACAUGGUAGUAUCUGUACCUUGUGCCUAUACGAGCUCCGUCCUCUGCUGUUACUCAUCCAGACUCUUCUGCUGUCUGUUUCCUGCUCAGUCCCUCACUAGACUUUUCUACAAAAAGGCCAUUUCUUUGUAAAUACACGUGUCGGAGCAGCUAUGACUAACAAGAUAAGCAAAACAACAAAAAUGAUUUAAUAAAUAUUUCUUUGUCGUUGUAA